UGAGUGCUUUAAUUUCUGUCUAAUAUGUAACAUCAUGUUUUUAUUAAUUUAAAACCAAGUCCUUGACUUCCAAGAAUGCCUUUUGUCUCUUCUCUAGGACUCUUUCCAUAAUUUGCAUUGAUAUAUUCAACAUUUAUUUACACCAUUUUCUUGCUGGUUCCAUCAAUUCCAUCUCCCUUGUGCUCCUCUCUCUCUCUCUCUCUCUCCCAAAAAUAAUGUUGAAGAGAUGUUUUAAUUGCUUUGGUGGUGAACAAAGACCAGAGAUCAGUGCUCAGAAGAACAGGGAUUAUCCAUGGGAUAUUUACACAUUAAAAGAGCUUGUUAACGCAACAAACAAUUUCCAUAAUGAUAACAAAAUUGGUGAAGGAGGGUUUGGAAGUGUUUAUUGGGGUCGAACUAGUAAAGGCAUCGAGAUAGCAGUUAAAAGGCUAAAGGCGAUGAGUGCAAAAGCAGAAAUGGAAUUUGCAAUAGAAGUGGAAAUACUUGGAAGGGUGAGACAUAAGAAUUUAUUAGGUUUAAGAGGAUUUUAUGCAGGCGAGGAUGAAAGGCUUAUAGUUUAUGACUAUAUGCCUAAUCACAGCUUGAUCACCCAUUUGCAUGGCCAACUUGCUGCUGAUUGCCUUCUGGAUUGGCCUCGACGAAUUAGAAUUGCUAUUGGAUCUGCCGAGGGAUUAUGUUACUUGCACCAUGAAGCAAAUCCCCAUAUCAUACAUAGAGACAUAAAGGCAAGCAAUGUCCUCUUAGAUUCAAAUUUCCAAGCAAAAGUCGCAGAUUUUGGAUUUGCUAAGUUGAUACCUGAUGGGGUUACUCAUCUAACAACAAGGGUUAAAGGAACCCUAGGGUAUUUAGCACCUGAAUAUGCCAUGUGGGGAAAAGUCUCUGAGAGUUGUGAUGUCUAUAGCUUUGGAAUAUUACUUCUCGAGAUAAUUAGUGCUCGUAAACCUUUAGAGAAACUCCCUAAUGGUGUUAAACGUGACAUUGUGCAAUGGGCACUUCCAUAUCUCCAAAAGGGUGACUUUAAUCACAUUGCUGACCCUAGGCUCAAAGGAAAGUUCAAUCGUGAUCAAUUGAAAAAUACAAUCUUGAUUGCAAUGAAAUGCACUGAUGGAAAUCCUGAAAACAGGCCAAGUAUGUUAGAAGUUGUGGAUUGGCUUAAGGGUGGGGUGGAAAAGAGGAAGAAAGAGAUCAAAAUAGUGAAGAAUGAUGUUGAUGACAACGAGAACGAUGACUAUGUUGAUGAUAUUGAGACUGACUAUGAAGAUUAUGCAAAGAAAAAAACCAAGCCAAGAUUACCAAUUUCGGAGUCGAAUAAGAGGAAAUAAGUUUCCAAUAAUCUUGCAAUUGUUCCGAAUUAUUGAACUGUAUAUUUUAGUGUGAUGUAUUUGUGCUUAAUUAUUGAAAGUUAAUUACCUCAUUUGGUACUUUUGAAGGUAAGAGGAGUCACUGAUUUCAUUCA